AUGGCGCACAGCACGAACCUACUGUGUCUUGUUUUAAUGGCAGCUACGUUAGUUCAGACACAAGCGCAGGCCUACAUAGGCAACACGGCUUUUGAUGCUUUGGACGGGCUAGGUUGUAGCCAGUUCAAAGCCAUUAUCAUGGAGGCUCAGCUAGAAGAGACAUUCCGAAGCCCCCAAGCCCUGACAUUGUUUGUGUUUAAUGACACAGCCUACGCCCUGAUGCCACCUUACAGGCUUGGCACUUUGUAUGACAAGACAAAUGGCAAUAAUUUAGGUGCCAAGGAAUAUGUCAACUCUUUUACACUAACUGAAGCAGUUGAAACAUCUGCCUUUAGUGAUGCUAAUCCUAUCACGACAUAUUCUGUAAGGAACCGUAAAGUAUUUCUCAACAAAAGAGACCUCAGGAGUGGUAAUGUAGCCAGUGGUACCCCAGGCCCAACAAAAUAUUUCUGUAACGGAGGAAUGUUAAUCCGACCCAACAUACAAGCUGGCCAGCACCUGAUUCACAUCAUAGACCAGGUUUUAGACAUGCCACUAGAGGACAAUGCCCUUGCUUAUGUGUCUGGGUACAACCCGUCUAAGUUAACAUUUCUACAAAGAUCUAUAUGUGCAUCACAGAUACCAGUUCUUCAUCAAGAUUAUGGAGGUUCUGAGAAAGAUGGAGAUUACAACUACAACCAACAGGUCCAAAAAAUCCUUGCAGGCAAACAGGUGACGUUUUUCAUCCCGUCUGACGAGGCUUUGAACCUGAUCCCAUCACAGAAACUCAGUGAGCUACAGGGCAACACCAGGCUAAUGCUGGAGAUCAUCACCCUUCACAUCAUCCCCAACCAAGUCCUGUACACAUCACUGGUUAACCACAAUGAGCGAUUCAACACACAGUUUAAUUCGGGGGCUGUUGUCUUCAGGAAAGUCAGGGAAGACGUGUACGUGACGGGUGCACUAAAAGGCGGCCGAACUGUAACAGCCAAACUUAACCCAGGCAACAGAACUGUUCUCAAUGGUGUUGUCCAUCAGAUUGAUGCCAUGCUGGGAUUUGUUUACAAGACUGCUAUUGAGGAGAUUCAGAAUGAUCCUAACACUCAAAACUUUGAGCAGCUGAUCUUUGCAGCAAGGAAAGAUCUACAGAACUACAUCACAGCCACCAGUGGUGUUGUUGUUUUUGUACCAACCAACCAAGCCAUGUACGCCAUCGCUAACGUCUACCAAAACUACAUCAACAACCAGUCAUUGGUCAACAUGGUUCUAGAGAUGAGCCUUCUACAACAAGGCCAGUCUAUAAACUUAAUGGAUUAUAAUGGGGGAUACGAAGCUUAUAAAACAGCUGUUUCGAGAUAUAAUGGGAGGCUUAUUAAACUUUACAGCGAAGGGAGUGACACAUGGGUAGAAGGAGGAUAUGUGAAGGCCAGAGUUAUCAAACCAAACAUAGGUGUCACUAAUGGUGUGGUCCAUCAGAUUGAUGCAGUUUUUGGGAUCCCCACUCGGGAUAUUCCGUACACUGUUUUCUGUGAGGACUGGCUCGUGUCAACCUACAUCCAGCUAAAGUACGUAGGUCUGGACGCCUACAUGAGAGAUCCAACUCUGACCAGAAACCAGGACUGUGUGUUUAGUGCCAGUGCUGCUGCUGGUCAAGUCCCUCCUGCUGCUGGCACCUGGCAAACUAACACUGGACAAGCCCAUCAGAAUCAAAAUUUCUACGGAGACUUGUGUGGCGAUGGUCUGCACAGAUGUGAGUUUACAUUUUUUGUACCAAAUCAUGCAGAGGCUACUUGA